GGUUCCUUCACCCAAGCUGCUGGUCCUUUCCCUUCUACACUUGUUUGAUUUAUGAGGAAUCAAAGAUGAACUUGGAGCAGGAGAGGCCUUUUGUCUGCAGUGCCCCAGGCUGCUCACAGCGUUUUCCAACAGAGGAUCAUCUGAUGAUUCACAGGCACAAACACGAAAUGACUUUGAAGUUUCCUUCAAUAAAAACGGAUAAUAUGUUAUCAGACCAGACUCCUACACCAACCCGAUUCCUGAAGAACUGUGAGGAAGUGGGCCUCUUCAAUGAUAUUGACUGUUCCUUAGAACACGAGUUUAGAAAGGCACAAGAAGAAGAGAACAAUAAAAGGAAUAUCUCAAUGCAUAACACAGUCGGAGGAGCAAUGGCAGGACCCGGAACCCACCAGCUCACAAAUACUAGGAUGCCAAACCAUGACACCAGCGUUGUGAUUCAACAAGCCAUGCCAUCUCCACAGUCCAGCUCGGUCAUAACACAAGCACCUUCCACAAACCGACAGAUCGGGCCUGUCCCAGGUUCUCUGUCUUCACUACUACACCUACACAACCGACAAAGACAGCCCAUGCCUGCCUCUAUGCCUGGCACCCUGCCCAAUCCUACCAUGCCUGGAUCUUCUGCAGUACUAAUGCCAAUGGAGCGACAAAUGUCGAUGAACUCCAGUAUCAUGGGGAUGCAAGGCCCAAAUCUCAACAACCCGUGUGCGUCACCCCAAGUCCCUCCAAUGCAUUCAGAAGCCAAAAUGAGGUUGAAAGCCGCAUUGACUCAUCAUCCUGCAGCCAUGUCAAAUGGAAAUAUGAACACCAUGGGCCAUAUGAUGGAAAUGAUGAGCUCCCGACAGGACCAGACACCACAUCAUCAUAUGCACUCACAUCCUCAUCAGCACCAGACACUGCCACCUCAUCACCCAUACCCGCAUCAGCACCAGCAUCCAGCACACCACCCUCAUCCUCAACCCUAUCACCAGCAGAACCAUCCACACCAUCACUCCCACUCGCACCUUCACACACACACGGCACAUCACCAGACUUCUCCGCACCCGCCACUGCACUCAGGUGGACAAGCACAGGUUUCGCCAGCAGCACAGCAGAUGCAGCCCACUCAGACAAUACAGCCACCUCAGCCCACUGGGGGUCGCCGGAGGAGGGUGGUGGAUGAAGACCCAGACGAGAGGCGGCGGAAAUUUCUGGAAAGGAAUCGAGCAGCUGCCACACGCUGCAGACAGAAGAGGAAGGUCUGGGUGAUGUCACUGGAAAAGAAAGCAGAAGAACUCACCCAGACAAAUAUGCAGCUUCAGAAUGAGGUUUCCAUGUUGAAAAAUGAGGUAGCACAGCUGAAACAGUUAUUGUUAACACAUAAAGACUGUCCAAUAACAGCCAUGCAGAAAGAGUCGCAAGGAUAUAUAAGUCCUGAGAGUAGUCCUCCUGCAAGCCCCGUCCCAGCUUGCUCACAACAGCAAGUCAUCCAGCAUAAUACCAUUACAACUUCCUCUUCCGUCAGCGAUGUCGUAGGAAGCUCCACCCUCAGUCAGCUUGCCAGUCAUAGAACAGACAUGAACCCAAUUAUUUAAAACGGAUUGGUCAGAAACUGCUAUGGGAGAGUGGUAGCGUAAUCGAAUGUCCUUUGUGUUAAGGAUAUUUUCAACACUAACUCAGCCUGGAAGACUCCUCAGUCCUUGGAAGACUCUGGCUUUCAUUUUUAUAGUUAUUAAAGUAUGCCUUUUAUACUUAGUUACAAAAAGGGAGUUAUGCAAUUAAUAUGCUAUCAGCUUGGGAAAUGCUUUGGUGCUUUCUCCAAUUUUUUGGUACCAGUUACUUGUUUAUAAACGGAAAUGUUUCUGUACAUAGUUGUGUUUCCUUCUUACCAGUCUAGCCUGAGGCCUCAAAAUCAUGGAGUUUUGUUAAACGGCAGCUUCUUAGCCAAAGUCAUACAUAAGUAACUAGGAAUAAUUAGGUUAUAUAGAUAUUCAGGGAGUCUGGUGAUAGCACAUGAGAAAGCAAGUUAGCUUUGCAAUAUCAUCAGAACCCCACUAUAUAUUCAAAACCUCUUUCAGAGAAAAGAAGGGUUUUAUAAUACAUGGAUAUCAGAACAAAUUCAAACCCAGGUAAUAUGCCCACUUGUCUUGCUUUCCUCUUUCAUUUCCCUAUUGUCCCUCUUCUACUUAAGUUCUCUCUUUUGUCCUUCAAUUGUCCAUGCAUCUUCCCUCCCUAAACUCUGUGGCUCUUUCUCCUUCACGCCCUUUUUUCUUCUGAGAAUACUAAUGAAGAAGAAAAGACUUACCUAUAUUCCCCUCCCUCUUCCCUGUGGAAAAAAACCUUUUGGCAUGGUCACUGCUUUCAAUAGCCCUUCACCCACAGCUGGGCUGCACUGAACUUUUGCUUUUUAAAAAAAGAAAUAUGCAGGAGUUUAAUGCUCCUGAUUUAGUGUUUUAAUAAACAGUGAAAGUAGUUUAGCCAUAGGUGAUGCACGAUUGAAAGCCAGCUGUGCUGGUGCUAGGGGGAUGGAGCCUUGCACGCUUCUGUUGUAAAUGUCCAUGGCAGAGUACAAGGAUAGCAAAUCACACCUGUUUAUUACAACUGGUUUUUACACUGCCAACUGUUAAUGUAGAAAAGCCAUGUAGUAUAUAAUAAUUCAGAAAGGUUCUAGUCACUAAAUCAGUGACAUUGUUUCAUCAUCAGCUGCUAAUAGCCUAAGAUUUAUAUUUCAUUUAUAGCCCAUUAAAUCAGUUUGACCAGUGAGGAAUAGGUUACUGUUAACUACGAGGAAAAGACCAGUUCUUCACAGCUGAUCUUUUAAACGUAUGUGGAACGGAUCCUUAGCUGGCAUUGAUCAGUGUAGCUCCAUUCAUGUAAAUGAUGCUAUUAUGCUCAUUUAACUAGCUAAGUCUCAGUCCCAGUAUGACAUUAAAGCACUUUUUAGCUGCUGUAUGCUCCAAAGCCUGCUAUAUGCUGUGGAUGAAAUUUACCCUAUGUGGAAGGCCAACAAAAGGCCGAGGCACUUCUUACAUCCUGAUUAAGCCCAAUUUUGAAUGCUUAGACCUUGUAGGCUUGUACUGGCCCUCUGCACAGAGGUGACUUUCACCCUGAGAUAGUACCAGUCACAUAUGGGAAAUCAACCAUUAAGAGCACUGUAGAUAACAGCCAGUUAGUUAUAUUAGCUGCAAAGAAUCCUGUGGCACCUUAUAGACUAACAGACGUUUUGGAGCAUGAGCUUUCGUGGGUGAAUCGUCGGACGAAAGUAUGUUUGUACCUGAUUCUGCUCCCACUGAAAUCAGUGGCAAAAAUCCCAUUGACUUCAAUGAGAGCAGGACCAGGCUCUUACUCUGUUGUGAUAAAUGUUUGUGACUGCAUUUAAAAAAAAAAAAGAAAAGCCAAUUAAUGUUACUCCUGGCAAAUACUCUACUGAUAAACACUCUUCAUUCUCAAGCUGAGUUGUUUUCCUCAAAGGUCAUUUAAUUGUUUUCAGAGGAAUAAUAGUUUUUAAAGGGUGUUUUUUAUUUAAAGAAACAACCAAACAAAUGAAGGCCUUUCCCCUCCACCCCCCCAUGAAGCACUGUAGUGAUUAGAGCCCAUUGUGGAAGGGAAAGCAAUCUCUAAGGAUCAUGAAUCAUCAUUUCUGAAUUAGUUUUUAUCUUGGUAACUCAGUUAACUUUUUAUCAGUAUUCUUUAACAACUCUCUUUCCAUUUAUGCAAAUAUUUUUGGAAGAAAAAUUUUGAGUGUACAGUAUAAAUCAUGACUUGAUUAUAUAGUCUAAGAACCAAAACAAUUAAGGAAAAAAACAAAUAUAAAGGAUUUUCUAUUAUAUUUUAGCAAACAUAUACUUUUUAAAUGUUUUAAAUAUUGAAUCUGUAAUUCAUUUUUUAAAUCCAAUUGUAAUAGCUGAAUGGUUUUGCUUCCUCAUCGCUACUAGGGAAACUUUUGUUCAAAUAUACAGCCUUAAACAUAAAGUUCCAGUUGAAGCUCCAUUAUAAAAAACAGGAGGUAUUAUUGGUCCAAAUUUCAUGCCUCACCAUCAAUCCCUGCCCACAAAAAUGCCAUCAUAGUGUUAAUUUAGUUUUAACUUGUUUUUUUUUGCAUGGAUAGCACUUAAAUACAUUAUAAAAGACCUGUUGAUAAUAUUAGAAACACAAAUGAGCUAUACUGCACUAGAAUUAAGAUUUGGUUUUACUUUUGUUCAGACUCAGCUGAAAUAUUUAGCUGUUAAACUGAAAGCCUCGACAGAAAAAAAAAAAAAAAUCUUGCCUGAGUUUUGUUAAAUCCAGCAACUUGACAGUUUGACUGAUGUGUAUUAUAUAUAGCUCAAUUAUGUCUUUUUUUAAUGCUAACUGGGCAAGCCAACCAUGCAUUUGCCUAAAUGUGUAAUUAUAAUUAACUGUCUCCUCGCUAUACUAUUGGCCUAUAGGUAUAAUUGUUAUUAGUGAUGUGGAAAUAAGUAAAGGAUGAAAGCUAUUUGCUAUUGCUUCUUGUAACUGUAAGUGCAAGAUUCACAGGCAAAAACAACAUGCAGCAUAUUGAUAUUAGGUAUAUCAGUAAGAGGACCAACCAUACUGCUCAUCUUUCAUUGCUCAACAAAUGAGCUUCCAUCAUGCUUAAAAUAUACUUGCUUUUUGGAGACUGGCUCUGCGGCCUUUAUUUGGGCAAGUAGUCCUUACAAGUCAUCUCACUGGAGACUUUGAUGUGUAAGAGCUGCAGAAACGGGGCCUAUGUCUUCUCCAGACAACAUCUCCUGUUUAGCAGAAGCAGCUUGUUUUUAAGUUCUGGUGUUCUAAAUCCAUUUUCUGUGCUGUUUCAUGUAAGGAUAAAUUCUAGUUUUCCCUGGGCUACUACUGGAGACUGAUAUGUGUUACACCUGUCUUUCUUCAACCUAUUGCAGCUGUCAUCAACGUCACUACCAGUGAGCUAUAUGGCUCCCCAGCCUUAUUUCAUGGGAGUUAACAGUACAGAUGGAUUAUCCUGACCACAUUUCUCAUUCAAAAUGAAGCAUCCACAUGUUAAACAUUUCUAUGUACAGCAUCACUCACUGUGUGACACUGAAAGAGAGUAUGUUGGAAAUCCCAGCGAUGGAUGAAUGCAAUACUUUCCCAAAAGUGCUGUGUUGUGAUUCAAACAUUUCGUCCCUCAAGUCAAUUUAUGCAAGCCAUAUUCAUAACACUGCCUGUGGGAGACAAGUAGUUUGUGUGCUAUCAUGUUGUGCUUCUAGGACAAUGAGGAGGAGGAGGAUGUAGAGAAUUUCUUGCUGUUUGGAGUUAAUUCAUGCAGUAUAACUAAAUGUAUGCAGCCCAUGUUCUGAAUAGUGGAAAGUCAAUGGUUCAAUUUCAGGUGAUUACUUGCCUCAGUAUAUAUGGAUUUUAGCAUGUUAACUGAUCUUGUCCUGUUAACUAACAAAACCAGCUGUAACUGUUGUCAAAAACCUGUCUUUUGGGGGAUUUGUAUUUUUUUAAGCAACAAUAUUAAGUGUUUGAAACAGCCUUUUAGUUAGCAUAGAGUGUGCUUUUUAGCAGCUAACAACACAUUUUUUUUAAAAAAGUAUAUAGUGAAUUUAUGAAAAUUCAUGAGGACCAAAGCAAAACUUAAACAGGAAUCUAUUAAUGUAGUAUUCACAUAGAAUUUUAUAAAGUAUUUAUUAAUAAAUGUUAUUUUAACACAUUCCAUUUGAACAGUAUUCUUGUAUGGAAUCUGGGUUUUUUUUAAAGUUACAAUAUUAGUUUUGCAAUAAACUACUCUAGGUGUAUGUGUAUCGUAAUCUUUUAGGGUCUCGAGCGGAAGUCGUCCAUCUAAGAUGGAAAGGUUUGCUGAAGUCUAUUGUACAGAAAUUCUUAGGAUUAAUUGUUUUUUUUUAAAGCAGCAUUUGCUUUUUGUAACAACAAAAGUUAUGAAUUUACACUUGUUCCUCUUUUUUUCAAAAUGCUGUUCUCUCAUUUUAGAAAGCACAGGUAAGCUAAAGGGAAAUAAUACAUAAAACUGGAAAGCCUGUCUUUACUAGGAUGAUUAUAUAUAUAUCACCAAUGGAGAUCUAAUGCCAUUCUUGCUUCUUUUCUAAUAUUACAUAGUGAGUUGCACUAUACUGCCUUACCAUUGCCCCUUCUGUCUUUUACUAAGCAGUGUUGAGUAGCUUAGUUUAGACCAUUGAAGCUCCAUUAUAUAUCAGAUAAAAUUAUUGGAGAGGGAAGAAAAACUAUUUUAAUUUGUAUAAAUAAAAACUGAACAGUGCCUAUAAAACAAAACCAGUUACGACUAAUUAAUAUCUCAGUUCUACAUUUCAGUUAUUUAUAUUAUUUUACAAUUGCACUUUAGCUCUCGCUCUCUCUUUCUCGCUCUCCCUUAUUGAAUCAUUUAAACGUUUGCACCAGAUACAUUUAUAUGCUUUCCCUGAUUGAAUCAUUUAAACGUUUGCACCAGAUACAUUUAUAUGCUUUCCCUGUUGGCAUAUCUACCGUUUGUCUGUCAGACCCACCCAAAUGGAAGACGGCUAAGAGAAGCUGAGUGCAUCCAAUCUGCAAUAUGACUUAGACUUUACACCUUUUUCAUGAUGGCAUAUAAAUGUUUUAUUAUGCAAAGUAGGUGAGGCAGCAUCAAAGAUAUAUUUACGUAUAGUUUAUAUCGUCCUAAGAAUCAAAGUGUCCUGUAUACUGUAUGGCAGGAGACUGGCUCUUUUGUGCAUUAUACUGCCCUUUGACUGUUGUCCAGCCCAUGGUAACUAUAUUGAGCUGCAGCGACAACAAUGGCCAUACAAUGUGCUUGAAUUUUAAGUCCAUAAAAUAUAAUGUUGCCUCGUAACUUAAUAGGGGACAGCACCUUUAAAAUAAAAAAUAAAAGACUAAAACCUAAGGACAAACAAAAGGAAUAAAAGUCUCCCUUGGAAAAAAACUCAUUCAUCUGAAGUAGUCACCAAAGAUGAUAACAUUUGUGUUCAUGUGUGACUGCUUCCUACUGCUUGUGGUUAUCUGGUUUUUAUCACCGGCUUUAUGCUUGGAGCUAAAUUGCUUCCCAGGGCUUGUUUUCUUUUCUGUGAGUCCUCCAUACCUUUCAAAACUUCUUUUCAGCAAACUUUAAAGACAAUGUAAGGCUGAAAUGGCAGCGUGGGCUAAAAGAUUAAUUCUCUACAUGGGAAGUCCGAUCCCUUUCCAAGGUUUUCCUUGGCUAGGAAUCAAUAAUUAUGAUCAGUUGUAGUUAGACCAAUGUGUAAUAUCUCGUAUACAGGAUCUGUAGGCCCUGUCUUAAUGCAAGCUAAACAUUGCUUAUGUUAAGUUUCAUGAUGCGGAACCAUUUCAAAACCUUUGUAUUAUUUUAUAAUGUCACGUUGGCCUUUUGUCACAUCUCUAAACAAAAUAUUAUCCUCUGAGUCUGCUUCACACAUUGAAAAUUGUAGCUUUCCAGCAAUUGCAAGAAAAAUAACAAGAAAAAGGGAAAACCAGUGUUGAUAGUAAAGGGAAAUUUUGAGGGGAAAUGGAUUUUCCAUCCCUCUCUCCCUGGAGCCUGCUAAAAGAUCUCUGGCAGGGACAACUUUUACCACAGCUCAGAAAGAUACUUCCGAAAGGCAUACAAUUUCUGCAGCCCUUCCUCAGGCAAAAUUCAGUGAUUUUGAUUGCCUAAGUAAGAACUUCAGGAUUGGGACCCGGGUAUUUCCCAAUCCAUAUUCAUGGGCUUCCCCUCCAUAUAUUGCUCAAUUUAAACACUGAUCAGUUGCUUCUUUUAAAUAUAGUUACUAUACAGGAACAUUGAUUUUUAAAGAAACUUUUAGCACUGCUUGGAGUAAGCCUAAACUAUGGAAGUCUAUAGAUAUAUAUUAAAAAAAAAAAAGGUGCUGUCACUUUAAGUUUUGGGCUUGAGGUUGUUUGUAUUGUACUAAAGGUUUUGUGUUUGUUUUAUUCUGUAAAGUAACCACCUUCCUCACUGGAAGGAGAGAAUUUUUUUUUUUUUGGUACAUAAGUGUAAAUACGUGCUGCGGCAUUUAAUAUGUUUAAUUUUAUGUUACGCUUUUUGUUGCGUCCUGAACACAUUUAUUGUUACAAAUAGACAAUGCGUUCAUUGAAACUGUUCAGCUAGUUCAGAUUUUUACAUCUCUUUCUAGGUAGAAGAGACAAGAUUUUGUGCAUUUGUACAAAUGUUAAUAUCACUGCAAUUCCAAUAUAAUAAAGCACUCAAAUGCAAACACU